AUGGGAGAACGAAAGGUGCUUAACAAGUACUACCCGCCGGACUUCGAUCCGUCGAAGCUUCCACGGCUCAGGCGACCGAAGAACCAGCAGAUCAAGGUUCGUAUGAUGCUUCCCAUGAGUGUUCGUUGCAGCACCUGCGGAAACUAUAUCUACAAGGGAACCAAAUUCAAUUCGCGUAAAGAGGAUGUCAUUGGCGAGACGUAUCUAGGGAUUCAAAUCUUUAGAUUCUACUUCAAAUGCACCAAGUGUUCUGCGGAGCUGACUAUGAAGACGGAUCCACAGAACUCUGAUUAUAUUGUGGAGUCUGGGGCUAGUCGUAAUUAUGAGCCCUGGCGUGCUGAAGACGAGGAGGGUGAUAAGGAACAACAGAAAAGAGAGGCCGAGGAGAUGGGGGACGCUAUGAAGUCUUUGGAGAAUAGAACUUUGGAUUCUAAACGAGAAAUGGAUAUUAUAGCCGCUCUUGAUGAGAUGAAAUCAAUGAAGUCUAGACAUGCUACUGUGAGUGUGGAUGCGAUGCUGGCGGCCUUGCAAAGAACGGGCGCUGAGAAGGUCAAACGUAUAGAAGAAGAAGAUGAAGCAGUUAUAAAGUCGAUAUUUGGUAAACAGAAAGAAGUUGUUAAGAGAAUUGCAGAUGAAGAUGAUGAUGAGGAUGAUGAUGAUGAUGAUUAUCCCAGCCUUCGUAAGGAGACGAAAGAAGGAUCAUCUUCAGAUCUCUCAAAGAAGAGAAAGGCAUCAGAAGAAAGUCCAAGCAACCCCACCGAUGUAUUGACCAGUUCCUCUGCAGAUAAUACGAAGGAACCCAAGAAACGAGCUACCAGCAAGCAACCCUUCAAAUCCGUUCACAUAACAGUCAUUAAGAAGCAAUCUCAACCAACUUCGUCUACGACUUCAGCUCCAACAAAACUAAAACCAGAGGAGAAGAAGACUGACGCUGUGGUCAACGCCGGAUUAGCAUCUUUAUUCCAGAGUUAUGGCAGUGAUGAAGACGAGGAUUGA